UUAAAAUAGUACACUACAUACCUUAGUGAAGUAGUGCGCCAUUAUUGGUCAAGCGCUUUUAUCUCCUAAAGCCGGGCACAUACAUGCGGUGUUCGGCGAAUAGCAAAUAUUUGGCAUUCGACGAGCAACUCGGUAGCUAUUUGUUAUAUGGCGAGCACGACCAUACACACAUGCGGCGUAAAUGCCGAAUAUUGCUCGGUAUGAAAAUAAUGAACACAAACAACGAUUAAUGUACGAAUGGUGAAAAUGAAUGGUGAAACAUUGAUGACUGAUGCUGCUGGUUUUGUAGUUAUGAGCGGUGCUUAUUUACAGUUAUUAAAAAAGAAGUCUAGGAGAAGAAGUAGAAGAAGGUGGUGGAUGGUAUCACUUAAUCAAAGUAGAGAAAGAUAUAGUGGAAUUCAUAUGAUGGCAGAUUUAUUAAAGGAACCAUCUGGCAGAUUUGAAAACAGAAUGUCCUUUGAAGAUUUUGAAGAACUUCUUCAAAAAAUAGAGCCAGUGAUUUCUAAAAAAGAUACAAGAUGGAGAAAAGCUAUUCCGGGAAAAGAACGAUUAGCCUUAACUUUGAGGUUUCUAGCGUCGGGAGACAGCUUUAAGAGCCUACAUUAUUUGUUUAAAAUAUCAGCUCAACUCAUUUCCUCCAUAGUUCCAGAAGUAUGCAGUGCUUUAAUAAAAGUCCUGAGUAAUGUAAUACAGAUCCCAUCAAAUGAAAGCGAAUGGAAGAAUAUAGCCAAACAGUUUGAAAAUAUAUGGAAUUUCCCUCACUGUAUUGGUUCAAUGGAUGGGAAACAUAUUACAAUACAGGCUCCAAUAAACAGUGGAUCUGAAUUCUAUAAUUAUAAACAAUAUUUCAGUGUAGUGUUAAUGGCUCUAGUUGAUGCUGAUUAUAAUUUUAUAUUUGCUGAUUGUGGUUGUCAAGGAAGACUAAGCGAUGGUGCUGUUUUUCGAAAUACAGAACUUUUUAAAAAUAUCGAAAAUAACGGACUGCAUUGCCCUUCAGAUGAGCCAUUACCAGGGCGAAAUAUUCCAAUUCCAGACUUAUUUGUAGACGAUGAUGCAUUUGGAUUAUGUAAACAAAUCAUGAAGCCUUAUCCAGGUCUACAUGAAAAAGGAAGCAAAGAAAGAACGUUCAACUAUCGUUUGUCAAGAGCACGUCGCGUCGUGGAAAACGUAUUUGGCAUUAUGGCUUCUACUUUCAGAGUCUUAAGGAAACCAAUGUUACUUCAACCAGAAAAAGUUUCAUUAAUCGUAAUGACUUGUGUGCUCUUACAUAAUUUUUUACGAAAAAGCAGAUCAUCGCGUUCGAACUAUUCCCCUCCCGGAACGUUUGACUCUGAAGAAGAUGGAAAUAUUACACCUGGUGCAUGGCGUCAAAAUCAAGAUAAUAUGUCAAGUUUACUCCCACUGCGUAAUAUCCCAAGAAAGCCCAGCAUGGAAGCAAGAACUAUUAGAAAUGAGUUGGCAGAAUAUUUUAUGAGCAACGGAAGAGUAUCUUGGCAAGAUAUAUAUUGUUAAUGCUUAAUUUUUUUUAUAUAAACA